AUGGCGAACACCGCCACGAUCCGAACUAUCGUCGGUAUCAUCGGUAAUAUCAUCUCGUUGGGUUUGUUUCUCUCUCCAAUUCCGACUUUCUUGAAAAUUGUCAAGCAAAAAUCAGUUGCAGAUUUCAAGCCAGAUCCUUAUGUAGCUACUCUGCUCAAUUGUGCCGUCUGGGUUUUCUAUGGAAUGCCAUUUGUUCAUCCUGAUAGCACCCUUGUCUGGACAAUCAAUGGUGCUGGUUUCAUUAUCGAAAGCGCUUACACGACAAUCUUCAUAUUAUACUCCCCUGGAUCAAAACGUAGAAGGAUCUUAAUCAUUCUUGCGAUUGAAGCUGUAUUCUUUGCUGUUGUGGUUUUAGUCAACAUGCUCGCUUUCCAUACCACAAAAGACAGAACUCUGAUUGUUGGAAUUAUCUGUAUCAUCUUCAAUAUCCUUAUGUAUGCUUCACCGCUGACGGUCAUGAAAAUGGUGAUCAAGACAAAGAGUGUCAAAUACAUGCCAUUUUAUCUUUCAUUAGCUAACUUCUUGAAUGGAAUUGUUUGGCUUAUUUACUCGCUUCUCAAAUUUGAUAUCAAUAUUCUGAUUCCCAAUGGGCUGGGAGCUCUCUCUGGGUUGGUGCAACUCAUUUUAUAUGCUACAUUCUACAAGACCACCCGAUGGGAGGACGAUGACGACGAUAAGUCAAGAUCAGAAGUCCAGCUUUCGAAUGUUUAG